AUGGAAGUGUCGAGCCUGCUCACCGACUUCACCCACAAGCAGACCCGCCAAGCCAAAACACCCAUCGAAAUCCAACACACAAUCCCCCAUCAAUCCGACGGAAUACAGUUUGCGACCGACACGAGAAACAAAAUGGGCUCAGUGUAUCAGACUCACUCUCCCAUCGACAUUCCCAUGGGCGGCGGGUGGCCACAGCCGUCGCAGACCAUCAAUGCGAAGCCGAAGCAUGUCAGCUUCGAGCUGCUGCUGGAGGGGCCACACUCUCGCGCGCGCCUGCCGAUGAGGGUGAACAUCUGGCCGCACGACACCACGGAAUCGAUCGUUGCGACCGUUAAGAACUUCCACGGCAUCUACGACGGUCAGGGCUACGGUGUGAGCUUCGAGGACCGCCACGGCAACACCCUUAUCGCGAGAUACGAAAACUUCGAGCACAACAUGACCGUCUUCGUUCGCCGGAUACCGCAAGACAUCGAUGACUUCAACCCCACCCCUCGCCAAUCUCUCUCCCCUCGCAAGACCCGCCUCGAUGAGCCCUUCCAGAUGCUCCCUCCUCAACUCCUCUCUCGACCCUCUUCCCGAUCGGCCAGGAAUCGCAGCAUGUCGCCGGAUAACCAGCGCGGUCGCCGCAGCGUGUCCAGGAGCACCAACCGCAAGUCCCGCUCUCGCCCAGGCUUCAAGAGCAGAGCAACGAGCUCGCACGGCAGCCUCGCCGACCUCAAUGGCGACUACAGUGACAGCGAGGCAGGUGAAGGAUCCGUCACAAGCUCGCGCAGGGACAAUGUUGCGAGUGCAGAGAUCAGCUUGGAUAAUAUUGUCGAGGGCGGUCGACGAAAGCGCGCCAAAUUCGACAGCUCGGAAUUGCCGCUUUUCGCACCGCCUCAGGUGCCCGUGACUGCGUCCAUCUCUUCUGUUUCCCCGCAGAGACGCAUUAGCAGCAACAAUGAUGUAUCGCCUUACUCGUAUUCCAACCAGCAGACGUUUUCCUACACGCACCCACUGCCCUCACCGCAAAGCCACGGGGAUGUUUCAUACGUGCAGGGGUUCCCAAUGGGAACUCCAUACGCUACCUCCAGUGGCCAGCCGCACGGACACCGACCGCGUACACGUGGCACCGGUCAAGGCAUCCCGCGAAACUCCUACGGUGGUGUUCUUCCCACGCCCGACCCUACGAUCGGCGGAAGUGUUAUCUCUGAUGAGGACGUCGCUCUUCAACUCAUGCGUCUUGGCGACGCCUCGAACUUCUCGUCCCACGGUCGCCACUCCACCUCGACCAUUGACGAUGCGCUGAGCGGCAAAGCUGAGCUUGCUUCGUCUGACGAAUGCAGUGACGACGGAAGCGAUGUCGACGAGUUCCCUGCUUACACGGAAUCGCUUGGUUCUGCGAUCCAUACGCACGACCAUGGACUGCACCGUUACGACAGUGCGGACGAGAGUGACGAGUACGACGACAGGGACUCGUUCAGAGGCGACAGCGACGACAUUGUCCCCGACGACAACGGCAUGGGCAGGCCGAAGGCGAUGAAGAAGCGCGCGGGAUCCCUGGUGACCAAGCUGUCCACCAAGGCAGUGAAGUCUCGUGCCCAUGGCUUCAAGAGCAAGGUGAAGACGCCGACGGUCGCAAAGGCGCCCAUCUCGCCUACUUCUCUUCCCCCAGCAUCGCGCAAGACGUCGAGUGCGUCGCUCUCGAUGCCGACGUUCGCGCCUGAUGAGGAAGACUUGUCUACCAAGCCUCGCUGCCAGCGCUGCAGGAAGAGCAAGAAGGGAUGCGACCGCCAGCGGCCUUGCCAGCGCUGCAAAGACGCGGGCAUCGGCAUUGACGGCUGUGUCAGCGAAGAUGAGGGCAACGGCCGGAAGGGCCGUUACGGUCGCCACAUGGGUGUCCCCGUCAAGAAGAUCAUCCCUGAUGCACCUACGUUCCACGAGACAGCCAGCGCUAUGGGUAGCACGGGCGGCUACAGCGCUCUCACCGCAGCCGCCGACAAGAACAAGAAGCGCAAGAGAUAA